AGGCAAAUAGGCAACUUUCAAUUCUUGGGGGUGACAUGUAUGCGGUGUACCCAGAAUCCAGUUAAAUAAGCAACUUUUUAUCCAUUGCUCUGCGGAAUUCAAAGCUUGCUUACCCCCCCACCGUUUUCGACCCCUUUCCCGGCCUCCACCUUCAAGCCAAGGAAGGCAACUUGAAUAAAUUCCAAAAAUACAUACGUCCAUACCAGAUAUCUAUGCAAGGAUUGGGUUGGAGAUGGCGUUGGUACAUCUAGAUUCCCGCCGAAAGUCCAACAGUCGCAAAUUUCGACUGUCCUGGCCAGACGCCAACGAUGCCAGACGCGCUGUGGUCGCUAAGUUGCUCUUCACUUCGUACAGUGAGCCUGUCGGGUAUAUUGCCGAUCCGCACUUCGUCCACGUGUCGUCUGGGGACCUCGAGAGGCAUUACCACUUACCAGCCUCUGUCCGACCAAUUCUACAGAUUCCCCUGGAAUGGAAUCCGCUGCACCUGAAGGUCGGAGAUGCAGAAUUAUUUCAGUAUUUCCAAUGUACCGCUUCGCAGUCUCUUGCCAUUUUCCCGCACGACUCUAGGGAUCUAGGUAAUGUCCUUGUUCGAAUUGCACUGACUAGCAACACCAAAUCGGGCAGAGCGGUGCUCCAGUCGCUGCUCGCAUUUGCUUCGAUACAUCGUCAUAAUGUACACUCACAGGCGGUCGAGCUGAAGCUCUCUGCUCUCAAGGCCUUGGCGUGUAUAACAGGGUCACAUGUCGGUACGGAAGAGGCAAUCCAGCAUGUUGCUGCAGGGAUGCUGCUGUGUUCUUUCGAGACUCAUCAGACAUCUUGCACCUCGGGGCAGUGGACGUGCUAUGUUGAUGGUGUUAAGGACGUUAUUAGGGCGUCUUGCCUCGAGGCGAAAGCUUCCCAGGAUGGUGAUUUGACCAUCUUACUAGCCUGGGUGAAUUAUCAUGACGUGUUAAAACGUUUCGUUCGAGCGCACUGGCCUAGACAGACGCCGCCAGAUUCUCCGUCGGCCUGUGCAGAGGUCAGUUUACAUGGUAGGUACCGUGAAAGCUCCCUAACCGAUUCUUACGCCUCUCCCACACCGUCACCCGGUCUGGGAACUAUAGAGCUGCUGUCGGAAGUCUGCGAUGCACUAGCAGCAAGACCGUCCACUAUGGCUCCUACGGAAAGUUUGGAUGAGUAUAGAAGCUUCUUAAAAAUCCUCGAUUGGAAGAUCAGAAAUAUUGAAGUAACAGCGACGGCGGACGAUGGUGUGAAUUCGCUAUUGAUGAUGGAGGUGUAUAAGUUAGCAGUAGCGGUAUAUCUGAGUCGGGCAUCUAACAAUAUGCUCAACCAGGCUGCUAGGACGCAGGUGCAGGUUGAGAGGGGGUUCAGCAUCUUGGGCCAGAUGAGCUUCUGUGCCAGGCAGUUUCCGGUCUUCAUACUGGGGUGUGAGGCUCGAAGGGACGAUCAAAGGGUGACAGUUCUCGAUCUCAUGUCCAGAACAGAAGAACACGUGUCUUCACGGUCAUUCAACUAUGUUAAGGCUGUCCUGCAAGCCAUUUGGGCGCAAGAGGACCUUGCGAAUGGGGAAAUCAAGUUUGGGGACAAGAUACGCCAUGUGUUCGGCUGCUGCUCUGAUUUGCCUGCGUUUGUCUAGUUACUCAGUAUCCAUGAGUGGGUGGGAGUACGCAUAAUAUUCGAUCAACGUCGCUUGAAUCGUGUGACCUAGUUGAUAUAGGUGCCGAGUCAGUUUGUGUGGUUAUGAUGUUCUGGGCUGUUUGGUGGUUUUUGGUAGAAUCCAAGCUAGACAUUAAGUAACACCGUGCGGGAAACGGGCGUGAGUGCCAAGGAAGGCGGGGCUUCUUCCCGUGCUAUGGUACCCACGAUAAUCCUAGUGGCUAUCCGCCGAAGUACUCAGGUGUACAUCGUCAGGUUACAUCAUUAGGGAAGGUACGUACCUAAGGUGUAGAGCCAUGGUUAGUUGGAUUGGUAAUACACACGAGGUGCUGUCGGGUCUUUAUUGCUGUCUCAUCCGCCAUUUCAUCA